AUACCUGCAAUAAAUCUAACUCUCCUUGGCUAUAUAUAUAGCAAUUGAGUGUGGAAAAAGGAGUUGUAGAAAUAAAAAAACAAAAAAUAAAUAAAACCAAAACAUGGCAAGUGAAGAGCUUAUGAGUUGCAGAGACAAGAGAUGGUCUCUCAAGGGCAUGACUGCUCUUGUCACUGGUGGUACCAGAGGCAUCGGAUAUGCCAUAGUGGAAGAACUAGCAGGAUUUGGAGCUGUUGUACAUACAUGCUCUAGGAACCAGAAAGAGAUUGAUGAGAGGUUAAAAGAAUGGGCAGGUAAGGGAUACAAAGUGAGUGGUUCAGCUUGUGACUUGUCAUCAAGAGCUCAACAGGAGGAGCUGAUGAAAACCGUGUGUUCUGUCUUUGAUGGCAAGCUCAACAUCCUUGUAAGUUCAAUAUAUAUAUAUAGCACUCUCAAAUGGUCAGGAAUGUCUCUCCACAAAAUUCUUUUCAACUGUCUCAAUACAUUUCCAGUCACGAUUGUGUCUCAAGAUUAACCAAAAUCUCAAAACACCAAAC